AUGAGCAACUACACCACAAUUUCAGACGGCGUCAUCGUGACCGAUAACGGGAUCCCACCCCCAGCGAACUGGACGAAUACGUUUGAGGACAUGGGAGGAGACAUGCUUUGGGGUCAAGGUGGUCAAAUGGAGGAUGAGAUUCGUUCACGCGGCAUCGACGGGGAGAUCAGGCCGCACUAUGGCAUGGCACCCUACACUGGAGAGGCACUCUACCUAUUCGAGGUCGGCAGUAGCCAGUUUUUCUUCUUCAAUGCUAUAGAUGGAUCUAUGUUGCAGAUUAGGGAUCAGUCGGAUCUGAAAAGCAUCGUGGAUAUCCUUGAUGAUGACAACCGAGGCUUACCUUCGCUGGACAUUGGGGAAGUUUAG